GGAUGCUUCCAGGUCGGAGAGGCCACUCGGGCGCCUCCGGGUCUCCUGGUCAAAGGAUUUGCUCGGCCGCCUCCAGGUCGGAGGAGGUCUGCUCGGCCGUUCAUGCAAGCGUGACUUAUAUUUUCCCCCCCAACACUACCCCCGACUUCCGAGCUCGAGCUGAACGCAGGCUCGAGCGCGGGAAGUAGCUACGGUCGUGUUAAUGUGGAUUAGAAAAAUUUUGAAUUAUCGCGCGCUUCAAGGCGCUUUUAAUGGGCGGCGUCUCCUUUUUCGGAAACGUUUCAUCAAGGAGGUACCUUUUCGUUUUUCGAAGCGUCCUCGCGUCGUGGGCUCAUGAUGGGGCCACACGACCCGACGAGGUGCUUCCAUAUUCGAAGCGUCAGCUCGAAUUGAAUGCAGCACUUUAAUUUUUGGGGUCGACGCGUGUCGUGAUCUGGACGGGGAGCAGUGCUCCGCUUCACAGAUCUGGGCCGUCAGAGGGGUUUAUAUAUAAAUCUCUACUUGGCCGUCUCUGACUUCUUUCCCAUUGUCUUUCUCCAUCUUCUUCCUUGUCCGAAGCGGUCGAUCCUCCAUUACCUCCGGCAAACUCCCAAAGGUGUCCUUCUCUUCGUUUGCUCGGAACCCCUUCUUUCUCCCCUCCUUUCUCUCUUUUCUUUUCCUAAUGGGUCUUGGUCCGGAUGAAAUCGGGUCCACAAUGAGUGAGGUGGAGGUUGAGAUGGCGAGGAGUGGUUUUUUCCUCGGCGAGGGUUCCGUUUGGAACCCGCUGGGUUGGGGGAUCGGAUAACGAACCCCCCUUAGGUCGGAUCGGAGUGUAUUUGGAGGCACUCUGGGCCGGCCUACGAUUUCCCCUCCAUGGGUUUGUGAAUGAGUUGCUCGGGGAGUACCAACUUGUCCCGGCACAACUUGCUCCGAACGCAUGGAGGACGAUUAUCGGGUUCCUGUCCUUGUGCAUGGCAUACGGGAUCCCGUCUUCUGUGAAUGUCUUCCGGCUGCUCUUCAUGUUGAAGUCCAACAGGGGGACGGAGAGUGGCUCUAUAUCGCCCUUCGGGGGGUCGGCCACUCUUCCAGGGCGCUCCGACGUCCAUUCACGACUGGAAGAAAAUUUUUUCUUUUUGGGUUCCGAGCGGUCAUGGGGGUUCAACCCUGGGUGGAGGCAGAGCCGGCUCAAGACCGCCAACAAACUCCCCAGGCUUUCCACGCGCUAGCAGGGAAUCCUUAACGCCGUUCACGGCCUCGGGGAUGGUAUUCUUCUGAGCGGCCUCGUUAGCGAGGACGCUCUAGUCAAUGUCGGUCUGAGCUCGGCGCGCCCUCAGGGUAAGGGUAGUAACUUAAAAAAUUUCCUCUCCUUUUUUCCUUUUCCUCAACAUUUUACAAUAUUUUACAAAUUUCUUUUGCUCGUCCUUGCAGACGUUGCGAAAAUGGUGACCAAGAGCGGAGCCUUGUACGCUCGGUUUCGAAAGAGGGCGGCCGAGAUCGGAGGGGUCCUGCCCGAGCCGAAGAAGAAGGCCAAGGUCUCGGCUGGUGGGGCCGUCGAGGAGAGCGCUCCCCGAGCUGAGCCUUCCGAAGCUGCUCGGAGGGGGGGCUCGAGCUCCGAGCCCAUGAGCACGAGCUCAGCAGGAGCUAUGGCGUUCGCAUGCCCGGCGCCAGUCUCGCAGAUCCCUGGUCGGCCGCCCGUCCGACCCGAGUGCCCGGCGUCCGAGCCGGGCAGCAGCCGAGGGGCCGUGAGGCCGCCUUCGCCGCAGGCGAUGAGGCCCAGCCUCCCCAGUCCACCGGAGGGCGAGGGCCAACAAGAAAGGCGGCCCUAUAUUCCAGAAUGGGCAGUGUUCGAGGGCGACUAAGCUCUCGAGAACGUUGAGACGGCGCGGCAGAUCUUCCGCGUCGCACUUCUCCCAGCCGAUAGGGCGAAAAUUCAGGCCAUGAGCCUGAACAAUUUUUUGGAAUCAACUCGCCUCUUGAUGUUCGGGUAUGUCUUCAUUAUUUACUAUUAUUUAUUCUUUGCGCUUUUAGCUUUUAUGCCCUAACUUUAUCCUCGGCCUAAUUUCUCUUUGCCUUGCUUACAGCACCUCCACGAGAUCGAUACACGGAUCUCGAUCGGUAUGGAUUACAAGGAACGAGCUCGUCGGUGUCUGCGGGCGCAAGAAGAGGCCGAGAAAAAGCUGGCAGAGGCCGAGCUCCAAAAGGAGGAGCUUUUGCUUAGAGUGGGGGCCAGCGAGGACGAGGUCCAAAUUCAGACCGCGGAGUUCGAGGAAGAAAGGGCCGCUCACGCUCUGACUAGAUCAGAGGUGCGGGCCGCCGAGGCUCGUUUGGCCGAGGCACAGUCCUUGCUCGUCGCCCGCGAGCAGGAAAUAAAGAACAUGAAGCUGAAGGCCAAGCAACUCGAAGCUCGGGAGAACGAGGCCCGGGAGCAGGCCCAGAGCGCCAUUCAACUCUUUCGUGAGUCAGAAGAGUUCCGCGACCUGCUCGAAGAGGAAGCCGUGAACGGGCUCAUCCAAGGCUUCAACGACUUCCGUAAUCAACUGAGGCGGCUCUGCCCUGAUUUCGACCUCGACUUGCUUCAACCGGGAGCGGGGGUCGAGGAGUCCGAGGCAGGUGACUCGGUUGAGGCGGGGACUCGGGCGGUUGAAGAAGCCGCUCAAGAGGCUGAGGCCGCUGCCGAGGAAGGUCCGGCGGGAGCACCCGAGGCUGCUCUCGAGGUUGCUGAGGACGGCCGGGCCGAGACCUUCGCCACGGAGGAACCAGCCGUUGCCGAGGGCUCGGCGGGAGUUCCCGAAGCUGCCCCCGAAGCUACCGAGGACAGUGGGGCCGAAGGGAUUCCAGCUGCUGGUGCCGCGCUCGCCCCCUAGGGUUUUCUUUUUCUUUUGUUAUUUUUGUAAAGGAGGAUGACCUUUAUGUCUGUUAUACGGCCGAGCCUCAAUCUUGAACUCAGCCUUCGGGCUUUUCUUCUAAAUGAACUUUCUUUUCUAAAUUUGCGUAAUUGAUUUUAAGUCUCGCUUCUCAGUAGAUCUAAGUUUCUUCGGGUUCACUCAAGUUCAUGGACUUGGGCUCCGCGGCCUCAACCACGUUCGUUACGUAGUCAGACUUAGGUUUGGCAUAUUUGCCAAGUCCUUGGACUCGGGUCCUAAGUUCCCGCUGCUUGGACCCUCGACCAGCGAUAUCGCUGUAUUUAGGUCCGAGACACUCGCCUGUCCUCGGGCUCAUCAAGCCUUCGAGCUCGGCACUGAAUCCUGCCGAACCCUAGAACCUGAGGUCGCUAACUUGACUCAAAUCGUCGACUCCGUGAGCUCGGACCUCUAGCCGUCGAAGCGGAUUGUCGGACCCCCUCCCCCGACUUAAACAGGUCUAGGUACAGGCCCGAUACAAGUCCCCAAGCUCGAGAUCGAAUUUCGCCGAGCUGCCGGUAUAAAUCGAACUAGGGUUCACCGACGAGUAGUGCGCGCGGGGUCAAUGAGGACAACCCGUGAUUGACCCGGCAAAGCAUCCCGACGCUGGUCGGGACUUUAUUUAAGCAUUCAAUCGAUGCAGGAAUGAAUAUAAGUAUUGAUUAAAAUGUACCUUUUGUACGGUCGGAGUCGAGUGUCUUACGCCGAGGUCGGCAGCUUUGCUCCUCAGCUAACUUUUGAGGACGCUCUUUUGCUCGGGGUCCGCUUUCUGGGGACGCCGGCACACUAGCAGAAAUAGUUGCCAUUGGAGAUCUAUGUGGGCGUUGCCUUGUGUCGUCCACGAACAUUUUGGGGGCAUUUUGUUGUCAAUCAUGAACGUUUCGGGAGACCGCGAAGGUACUACCCCGUCAUCCCGAGGUCGAGGGAGCUCGGGCUCACUGUCGACUCGUCGGGGC